CUGAGUCUUUUUUUUUUCCUUUUUUUUUUGGCUCCUUAUCUUUCAUAAUCUUCCCAUAUUUUUCAAUUUUCAGAAAAAAAAAAUGUUAUUUUUCUUAAAAUAGAUCAGCAUGCUUUAGGCCUUGUGUUGAGCUUAACUGUUUCUUUUUAGGAAAACUCUUCCAAAUAAACAGUGUUUUAAAGUUUUGCAGGAAAUAUAAUCUCACUGUAAACCCCUUGCUUAUAAUUUCCAUACUAUUUUUCAAUUUUCCCACACUUUUGAAGCUUGAAAAAAAAAAAAAGAAAAAAAAUCCCAAUUUGUUUGAGCCUGUAAUCAAUUUCAUAUUUCUGGGUUUUUGAUGCUGAAAUUGCAAGUUCGAUUAAUUUGAAGAGUUUUCUUCUUCUUUUCUCAUGAGAGAUUGAAAAUUAGAGAAAAGGAAAAUGAGUUUUGAUAAAUAGGCGGAGGAAAUAUUUGUGGGUGUUUUUUUUCUUUUUAAGUAUGGAGGGAAGGGAAGGUGGUGGUGGUGCAAGUAGUGGGGUUACUGUGGUGGGAUCAGAUGCUCCGUCGGAGUAUCAAAUAGCUCCGAGGACUGAAAACCCAACACCGCAGACCGGCGGAUCAGCGCCGCCGCCGCCGCCGCCGCCGUCGUCGGCGACUCAAGCAGCUUCGACACCGUCGGCGUCGGCUCAGGCGGGUGGGCAACCUCCUCCGCUCGCGGCGGCCUCCUCAGUUCCGGGAAAGAAGAAAAGAGGGAGGCCAAGAAAGUAUGGACCCGACGGCUCUGUCACUAUGGCGCUGUCUCCGAAGCCGAUAUCGUCUUCGGUGCCGCCGCCGGUGAUCGACUUCUCAACGGAGAAGCGGGGGAAGGUACGACCGGCGAGCGCAGUGAGCAAAACCAAGUUCGAGUUGGAAAAUUUAGGUGACUGGGUUCCAUGUUCUGUUGGUGCAAAUUUUACACCUCAUAUCAUCACUGUCAAUACGGGCGAGGAUGUCACGAUGAAGAUAAUAUCCUUUUCGCAACAAGGGCCUCGAGCUAUAUGCAUUUUGUCCGCAAACGGUGUGAUCUCGAGUGUUACUCUCCGCCAGCCUGACUCUUCUGGAGGAACUCUAACAUAUGAGGGUCGUUUUGAAAUAUUGUCAUUGUCUGGCUCAUUCAUGCCUAAUGACAAUGGAGGAACUAGAAGUAGAUCUGGUGGAAUGAGUGUUUCCUUAGCAAGUCCAGACGGGCGUGUCGUUGGUGGUGGAGUAGCAGGUCUAUUAGUAGCUGCAAGUCCUGUUCAGGUCGUAGUAGGGAGUUUUCUUUCUGGAAACCAACACGAGCAGAAAACUAAAAAGACAAAACAAGAUACCAUUUCAGCGGCCCCCCCAACUGCUGCUAUUCCGAUAUCUUGCGUCGAUCCCAAGUCCAACCUCUCGCCUUCCAGUUCGUUUCGUGGCGAUAACUGGUCGUUGCUCCCAAACGAUUCGAGGAAUAAGCCAACCGAUAUCAAUGUAUCUCUACCCAGUGCAUGAUCUUAGCUCCAUACUAUUAAUUGUGGAAGUUCCCUUCUCCCAUUUGCCAUCAUCAAACUUGUAGCUGGUGGAUUUCACAUCUUGUUUAAUGGUCUCUGUAACUUACCAAUGUACUUCCAAUGUAGCCUCUUGAUCCCUCUCAGGUUAGUCUUUCACUUGGUAGAGUAGCUAUAGGCUGCCCGACGCAAUGGCGUCGAGUAGAAUAGUUUGAUGUAUAACGUGAAGACUUUCGCUUUGUUUCAUAUCAAUGGAUUGUGAUUUUAUGCUUAUUUUCUCAA